UUAUCAAGCCGGGCUCAAGGAAAAAGCACCCCUCGUCGGUUCUGGGCUUUUCUCAGAUUUCCGGCACGACAUGCGAACGUCCUGAUUGGCACUACACGGGCGCACAGCCUGAGGCUACAGGCAACAUGGCCGCCUCGACGAACCGAUCAUUCGAGUAUUUGGAGCAGCUGCCGGAGCUGACCUUCAAAAAGCUGUAUCAACAGCCGUCAACAGCCCUCGCCAUUUUCCGACGCAUGCUUCCGGAUCUCGCAAAAUGUCUCGUUAUGGCUUUGUUGUACAUGCGGGAUCCUCUUCCGACGGCAGAUCUUGAGCUCUGGAUCAAGCCGGAUAGCAUGAGAGAGAGGGACCAUGCCAUAUCUAUUCUUGGGAGACUACACAUCCUGAAGAUGACCAUGACGUCGAAUCAGGUCAGGGCGUAUAUGGUGACAAACCCGUUUGCUUCGUCCUUACGACAAGCUCUCACAGGCGCUGAGAAUACGCAGUCGUUCGGUGUGCCGUGCGCGACGCCUGAUGCAGAGCCAGUGACGAUUGCAGAUCUCGAUGACUAUGCGAGGAGACAGUGGGAAGGCGUUCUGGGGUAUAUGGUCGGCACAAGUGGUUUUGGCGCCAGCGAUGCGGUCAAUCUUAGUCGAGGUGUCAAACAGCUUUUGCAAGUUGGCCACUUGGUUGAGAUACAUCAUGGGAGGGCCGAUAUCACGCAGGAUGGUUUCGCUUUCGUGCUGCAGGAUGUCAAUACGCAAGUCUGGCAGAUUCUUAUCCUCUAUGUUGAAAGCGCCGAGGCACUCCAGGUUAAUGCAGUGGAAGUUUUGUCGUUUAUUUUUCUGCUAAGCAGCCUCGAACUUGGCGAGUCAUACGAGAAGAAAUACCUCACAGAAAGCCAACUGCGCACCUUGACUGAUUUAACGGAUUUCGGGAUCGUGUAUCAGCAUUCGCCAACAUCGGAGGCUGAUCGUUUCUAUCCAACCCGUCUCGCAACUACUCUCACCUCGGAUUCGAGUGCUCUAAGCAACACAAUGUCCAGCGCGCUCUCUGCCCAGUCCGUCAAAACAGGAGGAGAAUCCGGGUCAGGGUUUAUUAUUGUGGAAACAAACUACCGUCUAUACGCAUACACGUCGUCUCCUCUACAAAUAUCCCUCAUUGCGUUGUUUUCCACUCUCAAAUACCGGUUCCCGAACUUGGUGACCGGCAAAAUCACCCGACAGUCUAUUCGUCGUGCUGUCGAAAUGGGUAUCACAGCCGACCAAAUCAUCUCCUACCUCUCAACGCACGCACACCCUCAAAUGCGCAAGGAAAGCGCAAUAAAAUCAACUUCCAACACCGCCGGACUACCGCGCUCGGUUCUGCCGCCUACAGUAGUUGAUCAAAUCCGUCUAUGGCAGCUGGAACGAGAUCGUAUUAAAGCUACCCCUGGGUUUCUUUUCAAGGACUUUACUUCGCUUGCGGAGUACGAGGGGACGUGCAAGUAUGCCGAAGAAAUCGGCGUACUGGUGUGGAAGUUGGAUCGAAAACGCAUGUUUUUCGUGACACGGCAUGAACAGAUUGCGUCGUUUUUGAAGAAUAAAAAAAUGUGAGAGCGAGAUUUCUUUACUUGCCAGUUACCUAAGCUUGCGUUAUAACAACAUGCCAUAUAAAAUCGUGGGCUUUAAAUUAGACGGAUACCCUAUCAUCAAAUAUUCAAAAUACAAACAAAUUAAA